GCCAUCUACGUUGCAAAAUGCGUUGUGAUGGACGCUUUACAAAAAUGGAUGAAAGAAGGCGCCAGUCUCGCUAGCUCAGUAGCUGUCUCAAGCUCGGCUGAGAAAACAAGAAUACCUUUUUCGAUUUGCUUGUAACUGGUAACAAUCGAAAAUCAUUGAAAAUGCCCCGGACUGAUGCCCCACCCCCGCCUCCUCCCCCGUGUGGACGUGGACCUGGCCUGGUCAGCGAGCAACUCAACUAUCAAGUACCGUUGACCUGGCGUUGAGCACAAAAAUACAAAGAUCUGUUUAUAAUUAUCUGUGGGAGAGUGGACUGACCCUUCACCAUGGCGCCCAUCGACUGGGACAAGAUCAUGGACGUGGAGAGUACAGAGAUGUCGGAUGAGCUGGCUGAUGAGCUCUUUGAAGAGUUAGCUGAUGUUGACAAGGCUGAUGCGAAAGAUGAUGACCAAUGGCAGCAGCUGUUUGAUGUGACUAGGGCUAUCAUGAUGAUGAAGGCGGCCCAGGCUAAUGUUGCACUGGAAGAGCUUGAACAGCUAGCCACGCAGCAGGGGAAGGAGGGUGUUAUCAAUGAGCAAGGAUUGAUUGAUCAGAUCAGGGAAUUAGAGGAGGAGAAUAAGAGGUUACAGCGCAUGGGUGGAUCCGGCGGAUCUCGGGACACUCGUCAGCUCCAGAAUGAGGUCCAUGAACUGAGCCGACAGGUGGAUCUAAUUCAGAGGGAGCUGAAGGAGAAGGAGAGGGAUCUUUACAAGGAGAAGACUGAAUCAGAGAGACUCCACACAAGAGCAGAGGAUGCAGAAAAGGAUGUUAGAGAUAUUAAGCGAGAGAAUGAUGCCCUUCGUCAGGAUCUGCGUGAUUACCAGCGUCAGAUGGAAUCUCAGCGUGAGAGUCUCAAGAUGCGCCGCGGGGACGACGUGGAGUACCAGGACAAGAUCCGCCAGAAGAACCGUGAGAUUAACGGUCAACUGGAAGAAAUAAAGAAUUUGACAGAUAACAACGAGCUCCUGAAUGAUAAUAUGAAGGACAUGGAAAAGAAGUUGAAGGAUGCUGCCGAGGAGAUGGAUGCGAUUGCCGAAGACUACGUGAAGAUCAAGAAACUAUCCGGACAAUUGGACUCCAAAGCUACCCGUCUCAAGCAUGAAAAUGAUGUCCUAAAAGAACAGAUCAAAGAGUUAUCUGAAAAGCUUCAGAAUCAGAUCCAAGGUGAUGAUGAGGUCAUGACUGAACUUAAUAGCAAGGUGGAGGUGUGGAAGUCUGCACUGGAAGUGAAAGACAGGGAGAUUGACCGCCUCAACAUGAUCAUACAGCAGCAGAAGGACCAGUUAACAGCCAGUGAGAUUGAUACUGACAAGACAUCGGUGGUUGCCCUCUCAAAGGCUUUGCAAGAGAAGGAGGCUCAGUUGACCAUCUUGAGACAGCAGCUUGAAGAGUCAGCCAGGGAGAUGGACGAGAGAGCCGAGGAGCUUGAGAUGCUGAAGAAUGAUGCUUCCAGUGGGGCUGCUCCAACUGUGCGUCUUCAGAACAUGGUUACCAAAUUGCGAGAGACGCUGAAGGAGCAGGAGAAAGAGAUGAAAGCGGCGGAGGAGAGGGUUCUGCAAGCGGAGACCGAUGCGAGAAAGAAAGACAAAGAAUUGAACGAAGCCAUUAACAGAAUGAAGGAUUAUGAAGAGGGAGAAUAUGGAUUGGCUGAAGCUGUGCAAGAAAUUAAACUUGGCAAGAAGCAGAUUGCAUUGAGAGAAAGAAACAUCGAGCAGCUGACGCAGAAUGUAAACAAAGCCGAGAUCCAGCUGAAUGAACUCCUUGAAGAGAACGAAGAAUUGAGAAGCAGGCUGGGGUUCGAUCCCAAGCAGCCCAUCGAUAUGGAACAAGCUCGUCUCUAUAGAGGGCAGCAGCACCAACAGGACAGGGCAUUGAAUCAGGUUUUGGCUAAAGAAGUGGAGAGACUGGAAGAGGAAAGGGUUUCUCUGAAGAAACAGAUCCGAUCCUUGGCAACUCAACGAGCACAGAGGGGUGUUGCUCUCGGUCUCACAGCGGAUGAGAUGCUGGCUGUCGAUGACUUUGCGGAGGAACUGAAGAAUAGUCGGAAGCCUGGUAGCGGUCCUUCCAAGAUUGCCGAAGCCAUCAAAGACAAGGGCCUUGGACCGUCGGAUUCUGUUCGUGUCAGGACCCACCAGCUAGAGCAGGAAGUGGCCCGCUCGGAGCAAGCCAUGGAGAGAUUACGGACCCAGCUGACCGAAAUGAAAGCGGAGAACAAGAAGCUCACCGACGACAACCAGAGGGUGGAGAAGAGUAUGAAGGAGAUUCUCCAGGUCUUGAAAGAGGGACAGGCAGGAGGAGGCGGAGGAGGAGCAGUGGAUCCAGAGGUCUUGGGACCAACCCUUGAGAGACUAUGUCUUCUGUUCGAAUCGAAAGACUCCAAGGAGGCGUAUGAAGCCCAGGUGUACCUGAAGGCCCAAGUCGAUCAACUCACCGGACGAAACGAGGAACUUAGAAGAGAACUCAGACAGGCUAGGAAUGAGGCAGAGAAAACCAGCGUGGCUCUUGAUAGAGCAGAAACUAAGAUUACAAGGUUGCAGCAAGACUUGAAGGACCUUCGUGACCUGGGUCAAGGGGCAGGGGUCAUGACCCUUCAUCAAACGGCUCUACCGCAAGGUCUGGCUGUGUCCAGUGCAGAGAUCAUCGCUUCUCUGAAUGAACAACUUGUGCAUGCGUUGCAGGAGUUGUCUGUCAGGGAAGACCAGCUAGGGAAGUGUGAGACAGCUCUUCAGACGUACAGAAGACGUUUUGCAGUGCUCCGCCAUCAACAAGGCUUACUCUAUCAGGAAUACCAAGAGAAGGUUGAUGGAUGGCAGCAGCAAGAUAAAUCCUGGAAGGAAGAGAAGCAGAAGCUAAUGGAAAGUGCAGAGGACCUUGAAGCUAGACAACAAGAAUUCAAUCGUCUGUUGGAAUCUUUAGAAGCUAACGGUGACGAGCAGCAGAGGAGACUUGCAGAGUCGACUAGGAAGGUCACUGUAUUGAGGGUGAAUGAGAAAGCACUGACCAGACGCUUCACAUCCUGCCAGGAGGGAGAGGCUACACUAAGGAAGGAAGUGAACAAGCUUCGUAAUGAGAUGGUUCAGAUGGAGAGCGCCAUCACAGAGAGAAUGGGAUAUCUUCAACGCCAUAAGGAGGCUUCCCAGUUCAAAGUUGCUGCUUUGCAGAGGGUUCUCGAUGACAGCGUGCCUGCAUCCGAGUUAGCCUCCGCCAACAGGCAGUUCAAUGAAUUAGCUGCCAAGUACAGAGACUUACUACAGACUGACAAUCAAUUGGUUACUAGAAACACUCGCAUUGACCAGCUGGAGGGUGAGAACCAAAGGCUUGAAGAUGAUCUUGACAAUCUGAAGAGAGAACUCACGAUGGAGAAAGAGAAACUACAUACCCUAGAGCAAGCAAUGCAAGAUUACGGAAACUUACAAGAGGCUCUUGGGAAGAAAAGAGGAAGUGUUUACCCUGGGAGCGAGACGCUCUCAUUGGCUAAGAGGCUGACUACCAUGGAGAUGAAGGAGUUGAAUGAGAGGCAGAGGGCGGAGCAUGCUGUCAGGAUGCAGAAUCAGAUGAGGAACAGUCUGCAUACGAUGGAGAUGAGGAACACCGAGCUGGAGCAGAAGUUUGCUGAUUUGACGAAGCUUAACCUUGAGUUGCAGCGCAGUGAACAGGAGCUGAGAGACGAACUAUCGCAGUGCGUUACCAAAGCAGCUAGUGACAUCGACAAGAGAAAUAUCACUGAGCUGGAAAGAUCGGCAGCCGCACUAAGAAAUGAAAAUGAUAAGCUGAAGGAAAUGGUAGAUGUAGCCUCUUUCCAGUCCAAGGCCUUGGAAGCACAGCAGGUCUCAAGAGACAAGGAGGUCCAAUCGCUACGGCAACAACUCCUAGACAUACAGACCCAAAGUGAUGAGAAAGCCAUUAUAGGUAAGCUUCACCAUCACAUCGUAGCCCUUCAGGUGAGCGAGGGUACGGCGGUCAGGAAGCUGGAGGCUGCUACCAUGAAGAACAGACAACUAGAAGCCAAGGUUCUGAGGUUGGAGAAACAGCUUGAUGAGAAAGCGCAGAGUCUCUACCAUUGCCAGGUUGACUCAAGGAAUAAAGCGAGACAUCUAAGGAGAACCGUCCAAGGUUUGAGAAGACAGUUCAGUGGAGCCGUUCCCCUGGAAGAACAGGAAAAGUUUUCUAAAGCGAUGAUCCAACUCAGGCUGGAUAAGGAGAGGAUGGAAAAAGAAAUGAAAGUCCUCAAGCAUGAGAGGGAAAAGGUGUCUGAGCAGUUCGCUGACCUCGAGCUGAAACACUCUGGACUGCAGGAACUCAUGCAGACUCUCAAGGACAGCAGGGGAGCAGCGAAAGUGGCAGAGUGGCACGCUAAAAUGCAAGAGACCAGACUCCAAGAUAUGAAACUAAAUAGACAGAUUACCAGGCUACAGCAGCAGGUGAAGUAUUUUGAGAACAUGGUGACGACCCACGAGCAGACCGUCACGAGCCUGGAGCAGGAGAACGUCCACAUCAACAGACAGGCCGAGGAGAGACAGUUGCUAUGGGAACAAAGGGAGGCGGAGCUUGAAAGGAUGAUUGACAACCUCGAGAAGCAACAGAGAGAGAUUGCUGAUGCUGCGGUCAAGUUUGAGGAGGUGACAGGCUCCUUACCAGACCCUAGUCUUCCUGUAGCCAAUCAGCUGGAGUAUUCCAUCAGGACCAUUAAGACCCAUGUUAAGACUAUCCUAGACUCAAGGGCAGAGAUCAAGGCACUGCAAAAGAAACUGUUGGAGAAAGAGAAGAGUCUCACCGAGACUGAGAGCAAUCUCCUUGCCAGAGACCGAGUGAUCAACGAGCUGAGAAUGAGACUACCAGCAUCGUCAGACCGAGACGAGGUCAUCAAGGAUGCUAUGUCAGAAGGGGUCCGCUUCAAGGAGAUCCACGAGACGUGUGAACACAAGCAGGCGCUGAAAGUCGCACAGACCCAGAUAGAAGGUCUACAGAAUCGCAUACAGCAAAAGGAGGAAGCUUUGCAAAAGUAUAUUGAACUUUUGGAACAAUCAAGAAAGGAAUCUGCUGAUGAGAGCGGAAAGUAUAUGUCUGAGAUACACGAUCUUCAACUCAAGUUACAUGCUCAGAAUGAUCUUGCAUUCAAUAAGUUCAAGAAGGCUGCUAUGGACCUAGCAAACAAGCCUGCCCCUCCGGUCCCUGGCAGCAGGGAGUUUGCCCGACUGCAGGAGUUGGAAGACCUGGUUGCCCAGCAGGAUAAUGCCCUUGCUGCUAUGUCAGUAAAGCUCAAGGCUGCACAUACAGAGGUGGCGAAAUGGAAGGAUGUCCUCAACAGGAAGACCAAGGACUUCCAGAGGAAAACUGAAAAGCUCAUUGCAGAGCACAAUAAACAAACCACGAAGCUAGAAUCUGAGAUCUCCAACCAUCUCGAGACCAUCAAAGACAAAGAGGCCGAGAUUGAACGAUUGGAAACGGAGCUUGAACAACAGAGGGCAGCAAACUCCAAGGCACCUACGACCACCAUGAAGAACAUGGUUGAUCGGUUGAAGAAUGAGCUCUCUCUCAAGGAGAAGCAGCAUAAGUCGCUCAGCAAGGCAUUGCUGCAGCUACGUGCAGACAUGGUAGACACGGCCCAGCAGAAUGCAAAGGCUCAGGCUUCGGAGCAGGAACAACAGAUCAACGUCCAGAAGCUGAUUGAGAAGGAAACCAAGAAGAUUAAAGACGUCUUGGAGGAGACCCAGGGCCGACUUGACCAGGCUAGAAGAGAGGUCAAGAAGUUCAAGGUUCAGGUGUCCAGUCUGACGAAAGAACUGGAUGAGGUCAAAGAGGAUUUAGUAAAGAAGACAAAGAAAGUUUCCAAGGUGGAGUCAGAGAGAGAUGAUCUGGACAGAGAAGUUGAGGUUUUGAAGCUUCAAACAACACAACAGGAACCAGAGAGAGAUGUGGGAGAUAUUGACGAGGUAUCUGCUUUGAAGAGGAAGGUCCGCCACCUUGAAGCUCAGCUCAUCAGCAGCAAGAAAAUGACAGAGACGGGCAGUAAGAAAGAACAGUCGGCUGUGGAGGUAGCGAAAUGGGAGGAAAGCAAGAAAUGGGAAAAGAGAUUAGAAUCUUUGAAGGCCAAACUCAGGGAAAAGGAUAAAGAAAUCGAACAGCUGCAGAAAAGCAAUAAGAUGAUGAAGGAAACCCUCAGUAGGAGUGAGAGGCAGAAAUCAAGUGUCCGCGGUGAAACACUCAAGAAACCUGCAGCAGUGGAAACCUCAUCCGCAACGCUGGCGGACAUGGAGGACCUGAGACGGAAGAACUAUCGCUUGGAAGAAGAGAUCUCGUCCCUCCGAAGACAGCAAGCCCUGGGCCAUGGAUCGGUAGUCCAAGACCUGCAACAGAAGAACCUGUUUCUGAAUGAGAAGCUAGAUAGCCUUCAGAGGAGACUUGAUAUCUCUGAAAGAGAAAGAAUCACUGCAACAGAUGAAGUCAGAACUUCGGCCAGUGCUCCUGGCCUCAGAUCGGCAGAGAGGGAGACGGAGCUCCAGCGUCAGCUCCUGGAGGUGUCGCAGGAGAACCUGGAGCUGAGGUUCGAGGCGGAGCAAGCCAAACGGGACGUCCCGCGACUGAAACAAAGGGUGGAUGAUCUGGAGAGAUACAACGAAGCUCUGAAGUCCGACCUUGAGAAGGAAAGGAAGAAGAGCAGAGCUGCAGCCAGUAAACUUGCCAGUACCUCGAGCGGUGGAACUACCAAGAAGGGUACAAGUGGAAAGUCCAUCCCAGAGCUCGAGAGGACCGUCGGGCUGAUGAAGAAGGUUGUAGAGAGAGUUCAGCAAGAGAAUGAACAGCUGAAGAAGGCUCCUGGCGUCACCACUCAGACAGAGAUUCAUACACUCAAGAUUCAGAACAAAGAAUUAAAGGAGGAACUAGCAAAGAUGAAGCACCAGGUCGGAGGUCAGCUCUCGACCCGAUACGAGAGCACUCAGAAGGGCGUGGCCAAGGCCAUGGCAGAGAAUGAAAGACUUCGGCAACAGCUUCAAAGAGAGGUCGACUCGGGUCAGAGGAUGAGGGUCAACCUGGCAGAGGUCACGACGGACAAGAACAGAUUGCAGAGGCAACUGGAUGAGAUCCAAGAGAAACUCUCUAUAGAGCAGGCGAGAGGGCCAAAGUUGGAAGGGGCCGACAGUAAGAGCUGGAAGUCGAUCGUCGUGACUCGGAUGUAUGAAGAAAAGAUGAGGGGCAUGGAAAAGGACUUAGAGAAAAAGGUUAAAAACUUGACCGUGUUUUGUAAAACUGUAGAAUCAUGCAUGAGAGUACAAUAAGGCGGGACGUCAAUAUCCGGGAGGGGUGUACAAACGCGUUUGCACGCCCUCAUUACUUUUCAUGC